GAAAGCGAGGAUGGCAUUGAAGGAGAUGCUGUACUCUCAGAUUACGAAAGCGCAGAAGACUCAGAGGCAGAGGAAGAGGAUUACAGCGAGGAAGAAAGUGCCAAAGCGGAACUGAAGCAGGAUAGUAAUGAUUCCUGUGAGUCAGCGGCAAAAGCAGAGAAAGGGGAUGAAAAACCUGACUCCAAAGGUGCUGUAACUGGUGAGAGGCAAAGCGGGGAUGGGCAGGAGAGCACUGAGCCUGUUGAGAAUAAAGUUGGGAAAAAAGUUCCCAAGCACCUGGACGAUGACGAGGAUCGGAAAAACCCGGCUUACAUCCCACGCAAAGGGCUUUUCUUUGAGCAUGACCUCCGAGGGCAGACGCAGGAGGAGGAGGUCAGGCCGAAGGGUCGUCAGCGGAAGCUGUGGAAGGAUGAGGGCCGCUGGGAGCACGACAAAUUCCGGGAGGACGAGCAGGCCCCCAAGACCAGGCAGGAGCUGAUUGCGCUUUAUGGCUAUGACAUCAGGUCAGCUCACAACCCUGACGACAUCAAGCCGAGGAGGAUGCGCAAACCAAGGUUUGGGAGUCCUCCUCAGCGAGACCCAAACUGGUCCAACGAGAGGCCAAGUAAGCCCCCAAGGCACCAAGGUGCAGACAGCACUUCGGCUCCCCCGCGAACAUUCACCAACAGGAGCUCCGCAGGUACAGGGAGGAUGCCCCCACCUAGGAACUACCCAAGGAUGGGGGGCUACAAAGAGACCCGUCCAAGCUACCGAGCUUCGGAAACAAGCGUCCAGCAUCUGUCUCGUAACGGCGAGCAAGCAAAACAGGAGGGCAACUAUCGAGCAAAGCGUGCGGAGCAAACCCCACCACGAGACAAGUCACCCGAGAUGGAAGCAGCACACGUCCACAGCAGCCCUGCAAAGGAGGAGGUUGCUUUGGAAAACCAAGCCAUGGCUGCCGAUGCUGCACAGCCACCACCAGACAGACCAAUUGAAAAGAAGUCUUAUUCCCGGGCAAGAAGGACCAGAAUCAAAGCUGGGGAUGCAGGGAAGCUGGCAGAUGAAGUGCCGCCUUCGGAAGGGCUGACUCCUGUGCCUCCAAAACCUGUGCAAGCCGAGACAUCCCCCCCACCAGCCAAAAGCAGUAACUGGGAGUCGCCAGUAGAAUCCAGCUUGGAUGGACUCGAGCAAGAGAUGACCCAAAUGAAUCUCACUGAGCAGAACUGGACUCCAGGGCAGUCUCAGUUCAUACAGCCCCGGGAGCUGAGGGGUAUUCCUAACCAUAUGCACGUGGGAACUGGGCCACCGCCUCAGUUUAACAGGAUGGAGGAAAUGGCGGUGCAGGGGGGCCGCGUGAAACGCUACUCGUCGCAGCGGCAGAGACCGCCGGUGCCGGAGCCUGCCCCCCCCAUGCACAUCAGCAUCAUGGAAGGGCACUACUACGACCCACUACAAUUCCAGGGACCAAUCUACACCCACAGUGAGAACCCAGCCCCGCUGCCGCCCCAAGGGAUGAUCGUACAGCCAGAAAUGCACCUCCCUCAUCCAGGUUUACAUCCCCACCAGACACCAGCCCCCAUGGCAAACCCUGGGCUGUACCCUCCGCCAGUCUCCAUGCCGCCGGGCCAGCCCCCACCGCAGCAGCUGCUUGCACCGACUUACUUCUCCCCUCCUGGAGUCAUGAAUUUUGGGAAUCCUGGCUACCCCUACCCCCCAGGAGCACUACCCCCUCCGCCUCCUCCUCAUCUCUAUUCCAACACGCAGGCCCAGUCCCAGGUGUACGGAGGGGUCACGUACUACAACACUGUCCAGCAGCAAGUGCAGCCCAAGCCUUCUCCACCUCGAAGGACAUCCCAGCCUGUGACUAUCAAGCCACCGCCUCCUGAGGACAGCAAAGGUGAAAAGUCAAAGGAGAGGAGCAACACGUAG